CCCAUUCUGAAGCCACUGUGAGCUCUGGUCCUCUGCCUUUGGUCCAGCUCUCACUUCACAAAGCUCUCUCAGCUUUUCAGAUUGGCCACUAAGGCAGAAGAUCCAACAGGUGGGGGCUAACUUCAGUCUUUUUCAAAUGGCAGGUGAAGAAUGAUUUCUGCUGUUGGUGGCAUGGGCACUGAAAGCAACGAAAGUCUUGACCUCUUAUCCGUCUUCCUGACUGGCAUCCCAGGACUAGAGGCCCGACAUGGUUGGCUCUCCAUGCCUUUCUUCACCAUGUACGUUGUGGCCAUUGUAGGAAACAUCUUAAUUAUAGCAGCAGUGCAGGAGAACCCUGCCCUCCAUGAACCCAUGUACCUAUUUCUCUCCAUGUUGGCUGUCACUGAGGUGGGCGUCUCUGUGUCUACACUGCCUACUGUUAUGGGCAUUCUUUGGUUUGAUGCCCGCAGGGUUGAUUUUGAUGGCUGCCUGGCCCAGAUGUUCUUCAUUCAUACUUUCUCCUGCAUGGAGUCCGGGGUCCUACUGGCCAUGAGCUAUGACCGCUUUGUAGCCAUCUACAACCCUCUGCGCUAUACAGCCAUCCUGACCCUGCCCUGUAUUACUUGCAUGGGUCUGGGCAUUACACUGAAGAGUGUGGCACUCAUGGCCCCACUUCCCAUCCUUUUGAGGCAGCUGCCCUAUUGUCACACUAAUGUCCUCUCACAUUCCUACUGCCUUCACUCAGAUCUGAUCCAGCUGCCUUGUGAAGAUACUAAACUCAACAGCAUCCUGGGCUUGGCUAUUGUUCUCGCAACUUUUGGGCAGGACUCAUUGCUCAUCGUGGUCUCUUAUGUCUUGAUUCUUUAUACAGUGCGGGGCAUUGCUUCUGGAGAGGGAAGGUGGAAGGCUCUCAACACAUGCGUGUCACAUAUUUGUGCAGUGCUUAUAUACUACGUGCCCAUGAUUGGCGUGUCUGUGAUGCAUCGUGCUGCCAAGCAUGCUUCACCCAUCAUCCACACACUUAUGUCUAGCAUCUACCUUUUUGUGCCACCUGUGCUUAAUCCCAUCAUCUAUAGCGUUAAGACCCGGCCAAUCCGACAGGGAAUUCUCACCUUGUUCUCCUGCAAGAGGGAAUUGCUCUGAAUUACUCCAAAGAGUUAUGAACUGUCAUUAAAUUCAUAAACUCUGAUAAUGUUUCUGCUAUUGGCAAAGCUCUAUGCUAGAGGUUUUGAGGAGGGUUAGGAACAAGGAAUUUAAAGUGUUGCAACAGGCUUAAAACUCUGAAACACAAGAGUUAAUCCUAACCCUUUCCAUCUCACAUUUUAUUUGUAUAUGUGUGUCUCUGUGUGCACACACUUAUAUGACUUUCUCUUCUAACAAGACAUGGUGACUUUGGGGCAGAAAUAAUGGAUUUUCCUUGUCUUUAUUUUCUCAAAACUCCUAGCAAAAAAGCCUGACAACUAGUGAGUUAACGGUAAAAGCUUGAGACUUAAUAAAAUUUAAAUUUAAAUAAAACAAAAUUUCUAUUUUUGUGGGUUAGGUAGGAACUCACCUAGUUAGGAACUAACCCAUAUGGGGUAGGAACUACUUAACCCAUAUCUUCCAAUUAAAAAAAUAUUGUCCUAGGAACUGUCUUUGAGUAAGGUGAGCUUGCUUUCUGGUUUUCUCCAGAUAUUCAUGGUUUACAUCUGUUUUCCUUAGCAUUAUUAUUAAUGUUACUUUCUUUCACUCUCAAAAAUAUUCUUCGUCAAACAAUAAAUUGUUUAAUUGUUGUUUACAUUUACCUAUGAAGCAAACUACCAUUAUGUAAGAAAACAGACUCUUCCCAAAACUUUCCAUGCAAUUGUCUCACACCCAGAAUUUCUGUACCAUGACACUCUGAGAAUGAAUGGCUGACAAGAAGACCUCAACUGAAGCAUAAAGAAAAAUAUGAACAACGUCACAAUGCCCAGGCUACAGAUUCUAAGAGUCCCAGCAAAAGCAACAAAUUCUUCUUUUGUACAAUCCCAGGCUCUAUUUUUAGAUAAACAUUUAUUGGCAAAUAAGUCUGAUAUCGCUGUGCCUGGAUAUCCUUUUUCUAUUUCCUCCUUUCCAUUCAUGUUUCUGCGGCUUUACCAUGCACGUGGUGCUUAUAUUCUUAUCUGUUCCCCAUUCUGCCCCCUCCUCAGUCCCAGAAGCAUGGGCCUAGUGUGUUCCCUCCCUUCUGCAUCUGCCUAUGUUUGCUUAGGCUUCUUGAAAACCUUGGUCAAACGGGAAUGGCCAUCUUCUCAUCUCCUAAACACACAGGCCUUUGUAUAAAGUGGAUUUAUAGAACUGUACUGAUUGAUCAGUGAUUAGCGUCACUGAUCAUUCUCACUCACUUCAGGGCCUUCAAUUACAAUGAAAAUAUUGUCCUCACCACAAAUUAUUCUCCUUGACUCAUCCAGUUUACAAGGGUUGUCUUUACGCUGUGACUUCUUUGAAAUACUUAGUGUGUUUGUAAUCACUGAUGGGUUCUUCCAGCCCACUGCACAGACUAAAACCCUAGUAUUGUAGUAAAGAGUUUAUUGACACUAGAUUAACCCCACAGGAGAUGGUGUUAUUACUCAAAUAAGUCUCCCCAAAUGCUCAAAGGUUGGGGUUUUUCAAGGAUAGUUUUGUGGGUAGGGGAUUAGGGAAUAGGUGCUGCUAUUGAUUGGUUGGGGAUGUAAUAAUAAAGGUGUAGAAAAUGGUCCU